AGUUAGUCGAAGAUAGACGUCCGUGCCGGUUGGACGAGUAGAAAAUGUCAUCACAAAUGAGUCACCUUCUUGUUUUAACGUUAGUGUCUACUACCUGCGCUGUCUUCGCAGUUUCAGAGACAUGCCGUCAAACUGAGGAACCACCCAGCCCUACCUCAGAAUGCUGCGGUUUAGAUCUCGCAGAUGAUCGUCGUAACAUUAGUGGAGACGCAGCCAUCAAUCAGUUCCCUUGGCUAGCUCUGAUUGAACACAAUGAAGGCAGAUUGACGUGCACCGGUGUUCUCAUCAGCUCAAGAUACGUACUGACAGCCGCUCAAUGUUUAUACCAUGCUCCGAAAAACGUCCGUCUUGGCGAAUAUAACAAAACGAAUACCGGGCCAGAUUGUCUCAUUGUAAACGGGAAACAGGUUUGCAACGGCGGAGCGAUCACGAUUCCAAUAGCAUCUGUAGUUUCACAUCCUGAAUUCAACUUGCCAAAAUACCACGGCCACGACAUUGCUAUCAUCAAACUCGCCAAACAAGUACCUUAUAACGAAUUCAUACGGCCAAUCUGUCUACCAACAUCCGAUAUCACCAUAUCGCCACCUGAUAACUUAAGACUGAUCAACGCUGGCUGGGGCAGCAAGCCUUCCAGCGACCGAGAGGACGACGUUGUCAAACAUUACGUUGAAUUACCAUUUAUCCCUCUCAAGCGGUGCAAGGAAAUAUAUGAAGCAAAACCAACUCGGGUAUCAGCAUCAGUCAGUGAAAAACACAUUUGCGCCGGCGGCGAGCGCGGCUUAGAUUCCUGCAGGGGAGACGGUGGUGGUCCACUAAUGUCUGAAGUGGAUGGUCGCUACACAUUAGCUGGAAUCGUUAGUUUUGGACCAGUACCGUGUGGUAGAGAAGGCAUACCAAGUGUUUACACGAAGGUCUAUUCAUAUUUACCCUGGAUAAAUAAAGUUAUCUCAUCUAAACCCUAAUAUUACCAAAAUAAUCAAAUUCUAAGUUGCUUGUGAUAAUAUAUUUUCUUUAAUUCCUUGGCAGGUUUAGCCAGUGAUUAUUUUUUACAAAUCGAAUAAUAAAUAUAGUUAAAAUGUU